AUGUACAGUGUCACACUGGGUGGAAUGUCACAGGGACUCGCCUUCCCAGGUUCUAUCACAAAUAAUUUCAAUUAUUGCCACAAGAGAUAUGAAGACUGUCCUAAUGGGCUGCUAGGAGACGUGUCCCUGAAAUGUGAUUACAGCCUGAACUCAGUUCCAAAACGUCUAUGCCUCGUGUGUGGGGACACUGCUUCUGGAUACCAUUAUGGAGUGGCCUCCUGUGAAGCAUGUAAAGCUUUCUUCAAACGUACUAUCCAAGGUAACAUUGACUACAGCUGCCCUGCCAGAAAUGAGUGUGAAAUAACUAAACGCAGACGGAAAUCCUGUCAAUCAUGUAGAUUUAUGAAGUGUCUGAAAGUGGGUAUGAUGAAGGAAGGUGUACGGCUCGACCGUGUGAGAGGGGGGCGACAGAAGUACAGACGUUGCUUUGAGGAGUCGACUGUUGGAUAUCUCAACUCUCAAUGUUGUCAGUCAAACAAAAAAUCAGGGAAUAAAAUUGUUUCCCAUUUGCUAUUGGUGGAACCAGACAAGAUCUUCGCUAUGGCUGACCCAACUGCUCCUGAGAAUGAUGUCAAAGUCCUCACAACACUCUGUGACCUUGUGGACAGAGAACUGGUUGUCAUCAUUAAUUGGGCUAAACAUGUCCCAGGUUUCUCCGCCCUUUCGUUGGGGGAUCAGAUGGGUCUCCUGCAGAGUGCCUGGAUGGAGGUCCUGAUCCUGGGGCUUGUGUUCCGCUCACUGCCCUAUGAAGAAGGAUUGGUUUAUGCUGAUAAUUUAGUCCUUGAGCGGGAACAGUGUCGAGUGGUUGGAUUACUUGACCUAUAUUGCACAAUCCUCCAACUGAUCACAAAAUACCGUAAGCUUCAGCUUGACAAGGAAGAGCUUGUGACACUGAAAGCCAUGGCUCUGGCUAACUCAGACUCAAUGAGUAUUGAGAACGUUGAGGCCAUUCAGAACCUGCAGGAUCUCCUCCAUGAAGCUCUGCAGGACUACGAGACAAACCAGCACUUGGCAGAUCCUCACCGCAGUGGCAAAUUACUGAUGACUUUACCCCUUCUCCGGCAAACUGCAAACAAAGCCAUCCAGAGCUUCCGGAGAGUGGUGACCGAGGGUAAGGUGCCAAUGCACAAACUAUUCCUUGAGAUGCUGGAAGCUAAAGCCUAAAAGCUGGAGUUCAGAGUCUGCCUCAACAUCUGCCCCUCAAAGACUGACCAGCUGUGAACUGCAACUGAAGGAAUUAGUGGAACUGGAUUGCCA